AUGGCGAAGCUCAUUAAGACUAAUAGUAUUGUAAAGUUUAAGACUGUAGUUAAGAAGCUACAGAAGAGUCUUCUCUUGGGUGGAAAAUGGAAUUUCUAUUCUGAUGAAGAAUAUAGAGAUUCAACCCAUUUGCCGCAAGAUGUCAAAGAAGGACAUGUUCCGGUGUUAGCUGUGGACGGAGAUGAACCAAAGAGAUUCAUUGUACCACUGACUUGUUUGACGCACCCAGCGUUUAUGAGGCUUUUGGAGAAGGCAGCCGAAGAGUAUGGCUUUGAUCGUGAAGGUCCGCUCACAAUCCCAUGCCGACCUAGUGAGCUGGAGAUUAUAUUGGCUGAGAAAUACCAGGAGGCUCCCAAAUGGUCUUCUGGCGACCCCAUGCUGAAAACAUACUGA